GCACAACGACCUGAGCACCACGAGUCCCUUUUGGAAGCGCCGUUAUGUCUUCUAUAUCUCCUUACAAGACGGCCAUGUCCCACUCUCCACGAGCUCGAUCUGCUUGACAAGGCGACCAUGGCGGGCACAGGCCCUUCGAAGCCGGCGCUCGACAGCGAUGUCUGUGCGGUCGAAAUUCACGCGGUCGAAACAGUGCCCACUCAUAAGAGGGGCGGCUCGUCGCUAUCAGGAUCCUUCCGCCGGUACAUCUGGGCGGUGAUCUGGUGCCUCUACAUGCUAUGGUGUAUCCUCGCCAACAAUUACGCGAAGACGGCGGGCCAAUCAGUCCUUGGUAUCCCUCAAUUUCGCAAGGAUUUUGGGAGUGCUUACGGUGGUAACUAUGUCCUGUCGGCCAAGUGGCAGUCGGCAUACUACGGCGCUCCUCAGGCAGCGUAAGACCAGCCUCUUUAUGCUUGAUGGGUGACUGGGGCUGAUUCUCCUCUGACAGUGCGGUGAUGGGUGCAUUGAGUGCCGCAUGGAUCGCCGACAAGGUCGGUCGCCGCCUUGCACUCGGCUUCGUCUUCGCCGUCAGGCUCACGUCCGUCACCUUGGAAUUCAUCGCCACCACCAACUAUAUCUUCUUCGCGGGCCGUUUCUUGGGCGGCUUCUCCACGGGCGGCACCAACUCUCUGUGCAUGGCCUAUAUCGGCGAGAUCACGCCCCUGCCGUUGCGCGGAGUGCUCACCGCUGCCGUCCCUAUCUCUCUCAUCACCGGCGCCCUUUCGUCUGCUCUUGUGGUCAACUUCACGGGCAACCAGUCCACCCGUUGGGCGUAUCGGAUUGCCUUUGUCUCUGGCUAUGGCUUCAUGGGGAUCGCGGCGGCGGUGCUGCCGUUCAUGCCAGAAUCACCCUGGUAUCUCGUCAGCCACGGAAAAGACAAGAAAGCCAUGAAAGCCCUCAAGAGGAUAGGGUAUUCGACUGACGCUGACGCCCAGCUCAAAAUGGCAGAGAUCAAAAGAGUGCUUGCCAAGACGAAGGAGGAGACGUCCGGGGCGACGUACAUGGAAUGCUUCCGAAGGUCCAACCUGCGCCGUACCAUCAUCGCCGCCAUGCCCUUGACCAUCCAGACCUUCUCCGGCGUGGCGUUCGUGGGAUCUUACACGACCUACUACCAACAGCUCGCGGGAUACAGCACCGCGGCCAGUUUCCACCUGUUCAUCGUCCAGCAAGUUCUAUCGGGCGCGGGGAACAUUUGCUCAUGGUUCCUGGUGGAUAGAGUUGGACGGCGACCUCUGACGAUAUGGGGCAUGGUCAUGCUGACUUUGAUUCUCUUGAUCACAGGAGGCCUCGCAGUCUCAGGCACGCCGCCAGCCAUCAAAGGCACGAUCGCGCUCCUCCAGCUCUUCUCCUUCGUCUACAACGCCACCAUCGGCGCCACCGCUUUCACCAUCCUCACCGAGAUCCCCACCGCGCGGCUGCGGGCCAAGACGGCGUCCAUCUCAGUUGGAUUGCAGAGUGCUCUUUUCACCAUGUGGGGAUUCGUGCUGCCCUACCUCUUCAACCCAGACAAGGCGAACCUAGGCGCCAAAGUGACCUUCAUCUUCGGCGCCCUGUCCGUCCUCUCCAUCGUCUACCUGUGGCUGUGCCAGCCCGAGUCGGCGGGGCUGAGCUACGAGCGCCUGGACGAGCUGUUCAUCGCGCGCGUGAAGACGCGCGGGUUCCAGGACCGGGGCCGCGGGGACUCCACGCCGGGCGAAAGUGAGGGCAGCGAGCACGGCGUGGGUGACGGCAUGGGGAGGGUGGAUGAAAAGGCCGAGGUGGCUGUCUAAGCAUGCAUCGGUCCGGGCUGCGUUCGAUCAACGACUCUGCCCAGCGAGGAGGCGGCGGGUGGGACACGGCCACCAGCCGAGCAUGAAAUCCCCAGAAACCCUCAUUCCCGGAGUUGACCGGGGGGAAGAGAAAGGACGAGAAUGAUAAUAGUAAUGAUUGACGAUCCCCAUCCUGAACUCCGUCUUACCACCUUACCCCCUAGGGACAGGGCCGGGCGUCUUUAGCUGACUCCGAAACUACACCACACACGGUAUCAUGCACAUGUAGAUCCCCAUACCGAAAGAAAUGCAUGUAUCCAUCCCCAAGGACUCCCAGGAUCGCUAUAACGAACGAUAUACCCCGAGCAAGCCACUGCCCGAGGAACGAUAUGAGAUCGGUCUUUGAGAACAAAGACAGAAGCGGUUGGUAUACAGAAGAGAAAACGGGCCAUGAGCUCUCCAUAGAAGUAGAAGAAACAGAUCAAAAUUGGUAAAGGGUGUGUGUGUACAACGCGUUAUAUCUACAC